AUGGUCAUGAUGCAGUCAUCGGGACACGACGGUGAGCACCCUUUGAGCCCCAUGUCCGGAUCAAAGUCACCGAAACCCGAUGAUCAGACCCUUCAAACCAAGUACGCACGAUUUGAAACCAGCAAGACCGAAGCUAAGUUUCCGGAUAAAGUGACCAAUAGUCUCUUGGUCAGGGGCAUGGAGAAUCGAAAUUUCCCAUUGUCGAACAACAACCAGCAGAAGCAGAUUGAUGCAAAUUACGCGGAAGCGCUAAGUGAUGACGAGAGCGUCCGGAAUCGCCAGAUGCUGGAGCAUAGAUUGAGUCCGGUGGAGCCGUCGGAUGGUAGAGGCCACGAGGAAUGUCUGAAGUACGUCGGUGCCCACUACGCGACCAGUGGUCGCAGCUGUGCAGAGCAUCGCGUCAAGAAUGAUGGAUCACCCGAAGGAGACAAGCAAUCCAUCAGCAAUUUAUCUGCCAUUAGCACCAAUCAAUAUUCCGUCAAGUACGAAGCACCGACGGGAGGAGAAAUUGAGGUGGACCAGAUAAAGCUGGCCAGGACGAUGCUCAGCAGUGACAUAUCGGACUUUGGCUUUCGGAUACAAUUGGGUGGUCUGCACUCCACCUAUGCCCGCAGUGACACAAGCGAAGAACUUGUGGUCGAUGGGAAUGAUGAUAUGGAGUCCCAAGACGGAGCGACGAUUUGUCCUGUGGACUUAACACGCUCGAUGGACUCAAAAGCUGUCUGCAUCACCGAUAAGGAUACCCCUCGGAAACUUGCCUUCUCAGUAGAGAACAUCCUCGAUCCCAACAAGUUCACCGGUAAGAAGCCCCGCUCUGAAAUCGUAUCCAGAUUUUGGGGAUAUGACAAGGAUAAGCUCAAGGAUUCAAUGGACAAUGACAUGGACGAUUCCCACUCCGGCAAGGACGUGAGUGAGGUGGACAAUGAGGAAAUAUGUGAUGAUGCAAUGGAGAGUGAUACGGAAGAUCAUAUCAGCGAGGAGGAUUCCAAGAAGGAUUCCACAUCACGCAACUCAAAAAGCAACUCGUCAGACGGAAAAUCACAAGCAAAUGGCACAAAGCCGAGAAGGGCACGGACGGCCUUCACGUACGAGCAGCUCGUUUCGCUAGAAAACAAAUUUAAGACUACGAGAUAUUUGUCUGUUUGUGAAAGACUCAAUUUAGCUCUAAGUCUCAGCCUCACGGAAACACAAGUGAAAAUAUGGUUCCAAAACCGACGGACAAAGUGGAAAAAGCAAAAUCCUGGAAUGGACGUGAAUAGUCCAACUAUCCCUCCGCCAAACUCAGGUGGCUCCUUCGGACCGGGCUCCUACACCGGAAGCCUGCUCUAUCCACACGCAGUGCCAUAUCCGCCCUAUGGACCGUAUUUCCAUCCACUGGGUGGCCACCAUCUGAGCCACUCUCACAACUAGGAGCCAUUGAAAUGCCAAAUUGUGCUUAAUCCGAUGGGAGUAUUUAGUUUUACAUUAAGUAAAAACCUAUGGAAGAUCAAUUUACGCCCUUUAAUUGCAAUACUUGUUUGGCAUCUUUUUAAUUUAGUGGUUAUUGAUGAUUUUUAACUGAUUAGUGCUAAACUUAAUUGUCUCUAAAGUGAAAAUAUUUUACAUGUAAGCCAUUAUUUGCAUUAGCGGACGCAAUACAACCAUCUCUAAGGAGGCAUAACAUGUGGAUAUUCUGUACAAAACGAUAUUGUUUAAUACUACAGUUGUAAAUAGACAGAUCAGUUUAAUACAAAAAAUUGUGUAAAUAGCAAUGAAAAUAUAAAUAAAAUAUUAACAGA